UAAUGAUGCAACAAAUUACAAAUAAUCUACUCCAGCAGCAGCCGUAGAGUAAUAAACAUACUGACUAAUCCAGGCGCCUGAAUACUGUGCUUUAAAUGAAAUCCACCCUCCAGUAAAUGCAAAAAAAAGUGCACAGCAACAGAAUGAACUAACUACCCUCAACAACACUUCGAUCCAGAAUUUUGAAUUACCAGAUCAAUGCCUUCUUCAGAAAUCGAAAUCGUAUCCGACUCCAGCGAUCAACAGAAUUCGGGUUUUCAAAACCCUAACGAACCAGCCAUAAUUGAUGUUUACUCUGCUGCCGCUUACGGAAAUUUUGACAAACUCCGAAAGUUUGUUGAAAUUGACGGCGUUUCCGUUUACCAGCCCGACGGCAACGGAUAUUACGCGCUUCAAUGGGCUGCUCUCAACAAUUUCGUUGAUAUUGUCCAAUAUAUCAUCGAGCACGGAGGCAAUGUCCAUGCGACCGACAAUGCGGGGCAGACUGCAUUGCAUUGGGCAGCAGUGCGGGGCUCAAUUGCUGCUGCUGAUGUGUUGUUGCAGAAUGGUGCGCGGGUUGAGGCUGCUGAUGUUAAUGGCUAUCGGGCAGUUCAUGUUGCAGCUCAGUAUGGUCAAACAGCUUUUCUAAAUCACAUUGUUGCAAAGUAUCACGCUGACCUUAAUGUACCAGAUAAUGAUGGGAGGAGCCCUCUUCACUGGGCUGCAUACAAGGGAUUUGGUGAUACAAUUAGGUUACUUCUAUUCAGAGAUGCUUUUCAAGGGAGACAAGAUAAAGAUGGUUGCACUCCUUUGCAUUGGGCAGCAUUAAGAGGAAACGCAGAGGCUUGCACUUUACUUGUACAUGCAGGCACAAAGGAAGACUUAACAGUCAAAGAUAAGGCUGGAUUUACUCCUGCAGAGCUUGCAUCUGAUAAAGGUCAUCGGCAAAUAGCACUUAUACUUUCUAAUGCCCAAAGGUCACAGAGAAAGCAGUGGAAAGACAAGGUUUUCCCUGCUAAAAUGGGGGGAAAAGGCUACGCUCCAAUUCUAUUUUCUGUUGUUGUUGUCAAUGUCAUUCUCUUUAUCAGUUCAGUACUCUUUGCUUCUGGUCUUACAAAAGUUACUGCUGUUGUUGCACUUUGGGGGUGGACUGCUGUUUCCCUGGCAGUUGCUGCGCUCCUAAUGUUAGUGCGUUGCAGUAGUAAAGAUCCAGGUUACAUCAAGACGGGGGUCACUGGUCAACCUGAUGCUCAGGAUCCACUAUUGAAUAUUGAUCUGAACAAUACUUCCAGUUGGACUGGGAACUGGUCUCAGCUUUGUCCCACCUGCAAGAUCAUACGACCUGUUCGGUCAAAACACUGUCCUACUUGCAACCGCUGUGUUGAACAAUUUGAUCAUCAUUGCCCCUGGGUCUCAAAUUGUGUGGGGAAGAGGAAUAAGCGGGACUUCUUCGUUUUCCUUUGCAUGGGUUCUUUGACAUCUAUAAUUGGUGCUGCAGUAGCCGUCGAAAGAAUUUGGACAUCAGUACCAUCAAUGGUAGAUGGUGGAUCGUGGUUACAUCAUGUUGUAUUUGCGUAUCCCGGUGUAAUCGCUUUUCUGUUCAUGGAUGGGGUUAUUCUGAUUGCUGCUGUAACUCUGUGUGUAGUACAGAUAUCCCAGAUAGCUCGAAAUAUUACAACCAAUGAAAUGGCGAAUGCUAUUAGAUAUGGGUAUCUUCGUGGUCCAGAUGGGAGGUUCCGGAAUCCUUAUAACCAUGGAUGUCGAAAGAAUUGCUCUGAUUUCCUUAUCAAUGGUUACACAAAUGAUGAUGAGAUCGCAUGGCCACCUCUGCAGCACGUUGCAAGAUAGCAGCAAGGGUCUGUGGAUGCUAAAGGAUGCAUAUAUUUUCCAGAUGAGCUCUUCAGUGUUUGUAAAAGAAUGCGAGGUGCUAAGGUAUAUUUACAUUCACAUUGUAAAAAAAGGAUCAUCCCACAGUAUUAUAGGAAAAUUUAAUCCGUAACUCUUGCUGCAUUGAAAUUGAUACUGUUCUCUGUACAUCUUCAUGUAUCAAAUGUUCGAGUGAUGAGAAGAUUUUUCGACAAUUAACGGAAGGAGUGAAAGACGAAUGAGUUCAGUAUUAUCAAGGAGAAACUUUACUGUAA